AUGCCAGCCGAAAGGAGGAACUCUCGAUCUAUGAUCGACAUCGACUUCACGCUCAAGAGAAUCUUUGGCAAGAAAACCUUCAGACCCCUACAGCGCGAAGUAAUCAACAUUGCGUUGGACAGACAUGAUGUUUUCCUGCAAGCGGCAACGUCAUUCGGCAAAAGUCUUUGCUACCAGCUUCCUGCAGUGAUAGACCACGGUCUCACCAUCGUCAUUUCCCCUCUUCUGGCAUUAAUGAACAAUCAAGUGGCGGCGCUCAGAGCUGCUGAGAUCAAAGUCGCAACAAUAAACAGCACAACCCCAUAUUCUGAAAAGACUGCCAUAAUGGAAGACCUACAAUGCGGCCACCCGCGUACCCGUCUCCUCUACAUCACCCCGGAAUACUGUCAACUGGACUCCUUCCGCCGCAUUCUGCGCAUCAUCCAUUCUCACCGCGAGCUCGCCCGCAUCGCCGUCGAUGAGGCACACUGCAUCAGCGAAUGGGGCCACGACUUCCGCCCCUCCUUCAAGAACCUUUCCUUCUUCAAGCACGAAUUUCCAGAUGUCCCGAUCAUCUGCCUGACUGCCACCGCCACCGCUCAAGUCCGCAACGAUAUCAUUAAAACCCUAGCACUGGAUCCUGCAAAGCUCAAGCUCUUCACCAUGACUACCAGCAGGCCCAACCUCCAUUACGAGGUAAGAUUCAAAAGCGACGAGGAAGACCAUUAUGACAACUUCGUCACCUGGCUCCGCGCCGUGCAAGCCCGACGAACCGCUGACCCGGUCCGUGUCGCUGCCCUCAAAGCCGCAGGAAAACGCCCCGAAGCCGUCUCCGGCAUAAUAUACACACUGUUUCGUCGAGAUUGCGAGUCCCUGGCACAGAGGCUGCGAGAGAGCGGCAUCGGUGCGAGACCAUAUCAUGCAGGCCUGUCGAACGCAGAGAAGGAUGCAGCGCUGGCUGGAUGGGUGGCCAAUACCCCAGGUUUCGAGAUUGUCGUGGCAACAACGGCGUUCGGCAUGGGAAUUGACAAAGAAGACGUUCGCUUUGUGGUGCACUGGCAGCUGCCCAAGAGCUUCGAGGGCUUCUACCAAGAGGCGGGGCGCGCGGGCCGCGACGGCAAGGCCGCAGCGUGCAUAUUGUACUAUGCACGCGAAGAUCGGGAUCGCGCUGUAGUGAUGAUGGCGAGGGACAUGCCAAAGGAUGCUGCUACCAAUAGAGCGGCGCUGGAGAAACACAGGAGCCGGGCCGAGAGCCUAAAGAAGCUGGUGGAUUACUGCGAGGACACGAAGAGGUGCAGGCACAAGUCGAUCGCUGCGUACUUCGGCGAGAGCGGCGAGGCGAUCCCGUGCGAGUGGGCGUGCGAUUGGUGUAAGGAUCCCGAGGCGCUAAUAAAGAGGAAGGAUAGGGGCUUGGCGAGCGAGGAAUGGUGCUCGACGCAGAUGCAGAGCGGGGCGUACGGAGAUGAGGGGUAUGACUAG